UCUCAAUUGACUGACAUUGAAAGAAAAAAAGUUAUGAGAAAACACAGAUUAAACUACAAUUCUGACAAAUGGCACCAGCUCAAAAGAAACAAAAGUUAGAAAUGUGCCAGAUGAAAUUGAAAUCUAUGGCAACAGAAAAGAAGCAAAAACUAUUAAAAAAUAAAAGAGCAAAAUAUCAAGAUUUAGACCAAUCCAUGAAAGAAGACUUGCUUACUAAAAAAAUGAAUUAUAGGCAAACAAUGGGUGAAAAACAAAAAGAGAAAUAUUUAGAAAACAGGAGAGCAAAAUAUCAAGAUUUAGACCAAUCCAUGAAAGAUGACUUGCUUACUAAAAAUAGAAAUUAUAAACAAACAAUAGGAGAAGAACAAAAAGAGAAACUUUUGGAAAACAGGAGAGCAAAAUAUAAUGCAAUGGAUAUAUUAAUGAAAUAA